GCCAGCACACGGAGCAAGAAUGUUGAAUGAUGAGGAAUGAUAAUUUAAUGUACAGAUGAGUGCGAAGAUCAGUAGCUUCCUUUCCCCCCGAAUCUGCAGACACGAACACCAAUGAUUGUGAAAAUAAUAGUCAACUUCUACCGGCAACUAAUUUUUGUGUGACUCUUGUUGCAAACUCUUCACUAGUUUCUGGUUCUACGACGUUCAGGAUUCCUGCCCCACAUUUUUAUAGUAGGAGUUGGCUUUUGACGAAACUUCGAUAAACAGAAACAUCAUGCCUACCUACAAAUCAACCGCAAUAUUCUACCUGGCUCUCCUCGUGGUGUUUAUGACGAGCUUUCCCUACCGGGCAUCGGCGCUUCCUCUCCCCCGGGCCCAUCCCUUCAAGUGCCCCAUGAGAUGCCGAUGCUUCGUGGUAUCUCAGAGCCAGUCUUCUGCGUCCAGGCUCCUUCAAGAGAACAUGGCGAUGUAUAGCUGGCGAGAUGGUGACAUGGCCGUGGGUUGCUGGGGGAGAAGAGAUAUCCCAACUGAAAUUCUGCCAAAUGCCGACUUUCUUUUCCUACUCGGUGAAAGCCCACCAAAUGGUGAUGACGAUUUUGACGUCACAGACCCGUCAGGGGAGUCGGACACGAGCCAUGAUGACGUAGACAUGAGGAUCAAAAACAUUCCCGACAGAGCAUUCAAAAAUGCGUCCGGGUUAAGACAAUUGGAUAUUCGCGGCAACAAGAUCACCGGGCUCCAGCCCGGAAGCUUCGUGGGAUUGCAAUUUCUUGAGAUUCUGUCACUGAAGGACAACCGUUUGAGGGCGCUAGAUAGUGACGCAUGGUGGGAACUUCAAAGCAUCAGAAGUCUCAUCCUGUCUGGAAACAAUCUCCGGAGCCUUCCGGAGCAAGGAUUCAGGAACAGUUCCGGAUUACUCGAGCUGGACCUCGGUGGUAACCUGCUCGAGGAUCUCUCACCAAGGUCUUUGAGUUGGCUCCCUCAGCUGCGAUUCCUGAAUCUUUCACAUAACCGCCUGGUUCAGGUUCCGGGAGGCCUGUUUUCGGAUCUUGUUGAGCUCCAGGAACUUUAUCUGGAUGGCAACAGACUUGAAGACCUACCAGUUGGACUCUUUGAUCAGAAUUCCUUACUGGAAGUUGUGUCUCUUCGGAAUAAUAGACUCCAUCGCAUUCCGGAGCUCCUUUUCUACCAUCAGGUCAACCUGAGGGAACUGGAUCUAUACGGUAACCACCUGAUCGAACUGGGUAACUCAGCCUUCGCGACGGUACCUGCCCUCCGCUAUUUAGACAUAUCACACAAUAUCAUCGAGGAAUUGAAUAAUGGAACCUUCCAGAAUUGUUCGAAUCUGCUUAAGCUAGACGCCAGCUUUAACAGGAUCAGGGAAGUCAGGAUUGGUACCUUCGGGAAGAUACCUUCUCUCCAGGAACUCAUUCUAUCGAACAACAACAUAUCCUCGAUUACUCCUGCCGCCCUAGCAGGCUUGAGAAACCUUGCCGAGUUAGAUCUUACAAACAAUGCACUGCGGCACCUGCGGGCCUAUACGUUCUACGGACUCGAAGAGCUGAUCUCAUUGCAGCUUGAUAACAACAGUGUGUUAGAGGUUGAACCAGAAGCUUUCAGCGUUGGCCUCUUCAGCUCCUCCUCUAAGCUUACCUGGUUGUACCUCAGGAUGAACCUCCUUAGUAACUUGACCUCCAACAUGUUUCAAGGUGUACCGUUCCUUAAGAUGUUGAACCUGGCAGACAAUAAGAUCGACACCAUAGGACCAUCUGCUUUUCGUGGACUAAGAAGCUUGACUGCCCUGAGUCUCAAGGGAAACCACCUCUGGAGUCUCGAAGAGAGAGCCUUCUCAGGGAUGGUCCGCCUGAAGAACUUAGACCUGAGUGGCAACUCUCUACAUCGUAUCGAUGAGGGCGCCUUCCAAGGACUGCGUUUUCUGCAGGAUCUUAACAUGGAGGAGAACGAACUUGACGAGACAACCGCUGAUUGGCUGGUGGGUCUGACGUCACUCUCUCAACUGAAUCUGAACCGAAACCGGUUUGCCAGGUUACCACCGUUUGUGUUGACGAACCUACGGAGGUUACGUCAGCUGUUUGUGGCGGGAAACAUUCUCGACACUUUCCGAAUCCCCGAACUCGAUCGGCCGGUCGGGUUGUCUCGACUGGACAUUGCAGAUAACAACUUACAGACGAUAGAGGGCAGUCUGCACGGUAUACUCGAGGCAGACAGCUCUGUGACCAUGUUUGGAAAUCCUUGGAAUUGUGACUGUGGACUGACGUCAGACUUGAUGGAGAUGACGUCACUCGGUGUUCAAUUUGAAAAAGAGAACAUCACAAUAUGUGAAACUAUCGCGGGAAAGCAGCUUCAAAAUAUAAAGACAAGGCUUUUGCUGACCGAAGCAGCCAGCGAACACGAGGCUCGUUGUGGAUCGCAGCUGAGGGUGGCUCCCCUCAUAGACAGGACCGCGGCUCGGCGGCUCGGUGACUCCACGGACUCCCAGACCGCUGCUCGUGUCGUAAGACGAUGCAAGAUCCCUGCAAUUAUCUCCAAAGGUAACGGGACUUGGCCCUGGCACGGCAUCGUCUGGGACUCAAACACGGACACUGCUCUCUGCAAUGCCGCCCUCAUCGGUAAAGAUUGGGCAAUCACAACACUGCGCUGCCUGCAGCCGAUAGAGGGCGAGCUGUCGAAGAUGCCCGGUUUCUUCGACGACAUCGUGAGGCGGGGAAAAGACAGCCUCAUCAUGGCACCGCAUGGUCUGACGGUCCGACUCGGCAAGAGUAGACAACUACAGGACCGUGAACCAGGCGAGAAAUCCUACCACAUCAUGAAUAUUCAUGUCCCUGCGAACGACAGAGGAUCUGGUUUGGACCGGCCCAUUCUGCUUCAGUUCGUCACCAUGGCUACUGUGACAAAGACAAUUACCCCAGCAUGCAUUGCAAACUCUCCACUCAAAUCCAAGAGGGCGCUUGUCCUGGGAUGGGGAACGAAACGAGAACAGACACGAGAACUCCUCCAAAGCUCCCGGAUGAAACUAGAUCCAUGUGACUUCACCAAUGACGUCACUGAUACCGCCAUUUUCUGCGGUGUCCGAGACAGAGGGAAGCCCAUACAGUUUUCGAUGGAGGGCAAUAUGGGUGGAAACUUGGUACUGAAGAGAGGGCGUGGGGACUGGAUACUUCUGGGUAUAGGGUCUAACAUGACCCCAAAAGGUCAAAGUGUUUUCGUUGAUGUAGGCAAGUACGCCAGCUGGGUUUACAAGAAAACCGAAGUUCGGUAAGGAGACUAGAACCAUAGAGUUAUAUAUAAGAACUUAUAUAUAACUCUAUGACUAGAACGCAUGAAGUUAAGACCAAUAGACCUUAUGCACAUGACGUCAUUUCAGUAGGGCGCCCUCACCCAGAGGUCAAAAGGAGGUUGUUCAU